AUGGACCGCAUUCGCUCGUUCCGUCCCACGCGGGACUUACUUGCCUUCUUCUCGAAGAAGGAAGAGGAGGCUGCCGAGUACGAGCCUCUGACUGCAGAUACCAGCUUUAUCAACGACCCGUCUACGGACCUCGACGAUUCUACAGAACCGACCUUCUCAUGGAUAGAAUAUGGCAUAUUCGCGUUGCUAGGCGUGGCCAUGCUUUGGGCAUGGAAUAUGUUUCUCGCCGCGCAGCCGUACUUUCAAGCACGGUUUCAAGCCGACCCCUGGGUACAAGACAACUUCAUGUCCGCGAUUCUUACCGUCUCGACAUUCACGAACCUCGGCGCCAUGGUCAUCCUCAGCAAUAUCCAGUACUCUGCAUCGUACCCGUUCCGCAUCAACUUGGCUCUAUAUAUCAAUGUCGCAGCCUUCGCCCUACUGGCGCUGUCUACACGCAUCUUCCUCGACCUGGCACCAGCCGCAUACUUGACAUUUAUCCUCAUCAUUGUCGGCAGCACGGCUUAUGCCGCCGGACUGAUUCAAAACGGGGCCUUCGCCUUCGCUGCAAGCUUCGGUCGGUCAGAGUACACUCAGGCCAUCAUGGCAGGCCAAGGCGUGGCCGGCGUGCUACCACCACUGGUACAAGUCAUAUCGGUGCUUGUGGCUCCUCCAGCAGACACGAGCACUCACGCCAGUGCUGCAGAUAACGACGAGGGCAAGGCUGCCUUCUUGUACUUUGUCACUGCCGUCGUUGUGUCCCUUGUGGCACUCGUGGCUUUCGUGCCCCUGGUCCGGCGUCACGAUCAACUAGUUGAAAACCGGAUGGCUGAGCACAUGGCAGCAUCGAUGAACUCGAUCGAGGAGGCUGAGCGAGCCGCUCGCAAGGUGGUCAGCAUGACGACACUCUUCAAGAAGCUGCACUGGCUGGCUGGCGCAGUCUUCAUGUGUUUUGUGGUUGCCAUGUUCUUCCCAGUUCUCACGCCAAAGGUCUUGUCAGUGGUGCCAUCUGAGGAUGCGCCUACACUUCUGAAGCCAUAUGCGUUCAUUCCCCUGGCGUUCUUCUUCUGGAACCUCGGGGAUCUGAGCGGACGAUCCGCCGCCCUCGUCCUGCCGCUUCGCGACCGGCCAGCGGUGCUUUUCGUCUUCAGCAUUGCCCGCUUCCUAUUCUUGCCGCUGUAUGCCCUCUGCAACCUGAACGGGAAAGGCGCGGCGAUCAGUAGUGACGCAUUCUUUCUCCUGCUGGUCCAGUUCCCUUACGGGCUUACAAACGGGUGGCUUGCCUCCAACUGCAUGAUGGCGUCAAGCGAAUGGGUCGAGGAGGGCGAGCGGGAGGCCGCUGGCGGCUUCAUGGGCAUGUGCCUCGUCGCUGGCCUCGCUGCUGGCAGCAUGCUCAGUUUCACGGUGGCGGGGGUAUAG